AUGCAAUUUUUAAUAGGAUAUUUUAAACAUGCACUAACAGAUGAGCAAAUGAUAAGUCAACAAGUCAGUGCAGACAUGAAUUUUAUGAUGAAUGAAAAAAAAUACAAAGAAUACGGGAUAUAUAAUAACGGGAAUAAUAGAGAUACUGACAGUAUUUAUUAUCUGCCAACACAUCAUCAUAGCACUAAUACUUUUCAAAAUCAGUUUCCACGAGACAGCAUAAUAUAUAAUAAAGCGCAAAAUGAGAAUGAAAAAGAUAUUUAUAAUGUUUGGGAUUCACUGCAUAUACCCCAAUCAAGUUAUGGCGAAAAUAAAUUUCCUAAUACACAUUGGAAUCAUUAUCAAGAACAAGGCACUCAUAAAAUAUCAACAGUUGAAAAUCUAUGGAACAAAAUAAAUAACAUUGAUACCAAUAAUAGAGAUAGUAAUGAAGAUAAUUAUUUAUCUAGCUCUACUUGGAGUUCAAGCAGUUCAUUUAGGAAAUUAAAUCAUAAUAAAAAUCAAUAUACCACAUCAACAAUAUCACAAAAAGAGAAUAAUAUAGAAGAAAUUAUUACUACAAUAAAGCCACAUCAGUUUAAUGAAAAACAUACCAACAUCAAACCUAAUCGGCCAAGUGAUGUUGGAAGAGGUGAUAUAGGACCUGAACAGUCUGUGCCAAAUUUAGAUGAUGAAGAUGAAUAUGGUAAACAAAAUACUUUAAAUUUCUACACAACAUCUACAUCUACAAAAAAGCCUCAUAAAACAGCACAAGAAAUAGAGGCACUUUCAUUGAUAAAAGAUAUAAAUAAUGAUAAUAAGCAAGUAACAGGCUACACUGACAAGACAUAUUAUGAGAAAAUCCCAAUAGAUAUGAAAGAGCAAAAACAUAGCACAGACAGCCACAAUUAUAAAAUUAAUGAUGACUUUUUAGUUCAAUCACCAAAAGAAUUUGAUUAUGGUCAACAAUUGAAUGAUGAUAAACAAUCAGAUCAAGUUUUCAUAGGUGACACUGGAGAUCUGAACCACAAGCCAGUUCUUAAUUAUGGCUCACAGUUGCAAACAUCAUUGCAACCAAAUGAAAACAUUGAACAGAGUGAUGUACAGCAAUUAGAACAACACAAAUUGAAUCCAAAUGAAAAAUACGAAAAUAACUUCAAAGAAUAUCUACCUUCUACAGAUGAAAAAUUGGAAAGUCAAUCACUUCUUGAUUUUGGACAGGAAUUACAAAAUUCCUGGCAGCCAAAUGAAAACUUUGGACAGAGUGAUGUUCAGCAAUUAGAGACAUUUGAUAAAAUUCUUAAAAAUAAACAUGAUAAAACCACUAAGGAGCAAACCUCUGUAGAUGAAAAUUUGGAAAGUCAAUCACUUCUUGAUUUUGGACAGGAAUCACAAACUUCCUGGCAACCGAAUGAAAACUUUGGACAGAGUGAUGUUCAGCAAUUAGAGACAUUUGAUAAAAUUCUUAAUGAUAAACAUGAGAAAACUACUAAAGAAGAGCAAACUUCUGUAGAUGAAAAUUUGGAAAGUCAAUCACUUCUUGAUUUUGGACAGCAAUCACAAACUGCCUGGCAACCAAAUGAAAACUUUGAACAGAAUGAUGUUCAACAAUUAGAGACAUUUGAUAAAAUUCUUAAUGAUAAACAUGAAAAAAUCACUAAAGAAGAGCAAACUUCUGUAGAUGAAAAUUUGGAAAGUCAAUCACUUCUCGAUUUUGGACAGCAAUCACAAACUGCCUGGCAACCAAAUGAAAACUUUGAACAGGGUGAGUUUCAGCAAUUAGAGACAUUCGGCAACAAUUUGAAUAAUAUAUAUGAAAAAAAAACUGAAGACAAGAAAACUUCUAUAAAUACCUUUGAUAGCCAAUCACUUCUUGAUUUUGAAAAGCAAUCUCAAACUAAUGAUCAUUAUCAAAAAGUAAUCAUACCACAGAAAGAAAUUAUUCAACACAUAGCAGAAAAUGAGUAUCCAACUGGUAUUGAUGAACAAGAGACUACAACGAAACCUAGUUUUUGGAAAUCUGUAGGAAACAAAAUAACAACAGCUAAAGACAAAGUUGCUUCUUGGUUCAAGAAAAAUUGAAUAAUGUUAUUGAUGCUUAAAAAUUAUGGUGAAAAAAUUAGUUUUAAGUAAAAGUGUAUAAUUAUUUCUAACUUUAUAAUUUGUAAUGUUUAUGAUAUAAAAAUUUACCAAUACAUUAUUACCUCUGGUAAUGAGUUGAAGUAUUUGAUGAAUGCUUGUUGUUUGACUGAAUCUGAAAUGAAAAGACCAAAAUAUGUGUUAAAUAAAUAUUCAUUACUCUGU